AUAAAAAUGAAUAAAAAUAAAAGAAAAAGAAAAAGGAAAAACGUCCAGUGUCUCCGGCCAGCUACACAGGAAGACACUAGAAUCAAAUUAGGUGUAGUACUGGUCGGAGAGAUAAGCCAUGGGAAGGAGAAAAGUGGAGAUCAAACGAAUGGAGAACAAAAGCAGUCGACAAGUCACUUUUUGUAAACGACGCAAUGGUCUCAUGAAGAAAGCUCGUCAGCUCUCAAUUCUCUGUGAAUCCUCCGUCGCUAUUCUCAUAGUUUCCUCCACCGGGAAGCUCUAUAGCUCCUCCGCCGGGGAUAGCAUGGCCAAUAUUCUCAAACGUUAUGAAAUACAACAUGCUGAUGAACUUAAAACGGUGGAUUUAGCAGAAAAAAAUCGAGAUUAUCUCUCCCAUAAAGAGUUGCUAGAAAUAGUUCAAUGCAAGCUUGAAGAAGCGAAAAGUGGUAACAUAAGUGUAGAGUUCCUAAUUUCCCUGGAAGAGCAAUUCAAGAGUGCUCUGUCUGUAACUAGAGCUAGGAAGGCAGAGCUAAUGAUGGAACUUGUGAAGACCCUUCAGGAAAAGGAGAAGGUGUUGAGAGAAGAGAAGAAGGUUUUGGCUACCCAACUUACAAAGAUGGAGAAGAACAGGUUUCUGGAAGCAGAAGAUGAGAGAGCAAUGUCACUGGCAAAAGAUUUCCGCAACAACACACCGGAGACUCUGUCGCUUCUCAAGUAACCACCAUCAAUCAACGGACGACUGAUUUUUCACCAUCCUGUUUUAGAAAUAAAAAUGUAAAACAUUCAGAUUUGUAAAUUACAAGGAAGCUAUACAUAUCUUAAAAUCAUCUUCUUCCCCCCUGAUACGUUAUCCAUGGGAAAUGUAGCGAUCUGUGUUGUUACCUUCAAAGGGAGGGUCACAGUUUCAACU